AGCUAGGGACUCCUGGCUGCUUGGAGCUUGAAAACACCUGGCGUGGUUCUCGGGGGCCCUAGAGGCUUCUGCCACGGGCUGGUCGGCUCUGGGGUUGUAGGCAGAAGGCUCUGAGCGGUCGGAAGGGUUUCCUGUGUGUCAGCAACUUCACUUUGCCGAGAUAGCUGGCGGAAGAGAGAAGAAGCGCUCGCGGGCCAAUCGCCUGCCAGCAGCCACCUUUGAGCGCACCCCUCGCCCUCGCCGCCGACUCCGGUAGCAGCGUGUUGGCAGAGGCUGAACACACUCGGCAUCGGCGGAGACCUGCUCCCCAGUAGACGCCUCCUGCUUCCCACUGCACCCUAGAGGACGCGGGCUGGCUGCUGGGCGAGCUCGGCGGAGGCACGCCCCUCGCCUCCCCUCGGAGUGCGGACUCGCCCGGGUGCCCAAACUCCGCCCACCCUCACGGGAGCUCAGCUCUCCCGCCUGACCCCGGUACUCUGGACAAAGCGGGGCCUGGGGAAGGGCCCCUGAACUGCGCGGACGCUGAACGGGACGCGCUUCAGAAGCGCACGAGUCUGCGGCCACGCGCGCUCCGAUGGCCGCCAGGAGCUGAGCUCAGGGUAGGAGGAGGAAGCGAUAAGACGCCCCGAAGCUGAGCUGCACGUUUCUAAGGUAGGGAGGAGGAAGAUGCCCCAAUGAAGUUGAUCUUUGAGCCAAGGAGGCUGGGGAGCACCCUCCCCAUGCGAGAUCCCCGCAGAGCGAGUUUCGCUUGACCUCGCUGUGCCUCUGGCGCGCUCUGCAGCGCGGACCCGCGGCCCCUCGGGAAAGCGCAGUCGGAAAGUUAUCCGCGGUGGUGCCCUGCGCGCCCUGUUGUGUAAGCUCGGCGUUGCCAGCGGUCGGAGAAGUUGCUGGCCUGCCCGAUAGCCCAGUUCAGUGGCGGCCCGGGGCGGAUUUCAUGGCCCGCGGCGAACGCGGGGCCAGAGCAGGCGUGGGCGAGCCCCUGCGCGCCCCCUCCCGCGGGGAUCCAGCUCGCCCGCUCCCUUCCGCUCGCUGGCUUUUCCGAUGCUUGCUGCGCCCCUGGCCGCCGCUGCCCUCUCGCCGCCUGCUGCCCCUCGGAGCCGCCGCCUAAGUCGAGGAGGAGAGAAUGACCGAGGUGCUGUGGCCGGCUGUCCCCAACGGGACGGACGCUGCCUUCCUGGCCGGUCCGGGUUCGUCCUGGGGGAACAGCACGGUCGCCUCCACUGCCGCCGUCUCCGCGUCGUUCAAAUGCGCCUUGACCAAGACGGGCUUCCAGUUUUACUACCUGCCGGCUGUCUACAUUUUGGUGUUCAUCAUCGGCUUCCUGGGCAACAGCGUGGCCAUCUGGAUGUUCGUCUUCCACAUGAAGCCCUGGAGCGGCAUCUCCGUGUACAUGUUCAACUUGGCUCUGGCCGACUUCUUGUACGUGCUGACUCUGCCAGCCCUGAUCUUCUACUACUUCAAUAAAACAGACUGGAUCUUCGGGGAUGCCAUGUGUAAACUGCAGAGGUUCAUCUUUCAUGUGAACCUCUAUGGCAGCAUCUUGUUUCUGACAUGCAUCAGUGCCCACCGGUACAGCGGUGUGGUGUACCCCCUCAAGUCCCUGGGCCGGCUCAAAAAGAAGAACGCGGUCUAUAUCAGCGUGCUGGUGUGGCUCAUUGUGGUGGUGGCGAUCUCCCCCAUCCUAUUCUACUCAGGUACCGGGGUCCGCAAAAACAAAACCACCACCUGUUAUGACACCACCUCAGACGAGUACCUGCGAAGUUAUUUCAUCUACAGCAUGUGCACGACCGUGGCCAUGUUCUGUGUCCCGUUGGUGCUGAUUCUGGGCUGUUACGGAUUAAUUGUGAGAGCUUUGAUUUACAAAGAUCUGGACAACUCUCCUCUGAGGAGAAAAUCGAUUUACCUGGUGAUCAUUGUACUGACUGUUUUUGCUGUGUCUUACAUCCCUUUCCAUGUGAUGAAAACGAUGAACUUGAGAGCCCGGCUUGACUUUCAGACCCCAGCAAUGUGUGCUUUCAAUGACAGGGUUUAUGCCACAUAUCAGGUGACAAGAGGUCUAGCAAGUCUCAACAGUUGUGUGGACCCCAUUCUCUAUUUCUUGGCGGGAGAUACUUUCAGAAGGAGACUCUCCCGAGCCACAAGGAAAGCUUCUAGAAGAAGUGAGGCAAAUUUGCAAUCCAAAAGUGAAGACAUGACCCUCAAUAUUUUACCUGAGUUCAAGCAGAAUGGAGAUACAAGCUUGUGAAGGCACAAGAAUCUCCAAACACCUGUCUGUUGUAAUAUGGUCUCAGGAUGCUCAGCUUAAUUUAGAGUAUGUGUUAAGUACAUUGUUUCAGCGUCCAGAGAAUUCUGUGAGUGUGGAUCCACUGAGGAGGUGAACAGUGUCUAGAAAUGCUUGUUUACUACUUGGCAUGUUUUUUUCCAAAGUGUUUCUUCUUUAGCUUCUUACAUCACAUAUGGACAUUGAUGACAUGUGAAUGCAUGCCACAUAGUACAAGAAUGAUCUUGCUAACUCCUUCCAGGCCAAAAGAAGCCUCUGGGAAGAUGUACAAAUGGUGAAAACAUACAGAGGGUCAGGAUGAGGUAGUGAUCUCUGUUGGCUGAAAAACUGAUCAGGUCAUAUGACGAUUGAAGUAUGUUAAUAGUAAGGGCAGAAAUGUGUUGGCAUUUGGAAAAAAGAACUGCUAACAUUAUAGAACUUACUACCUAGCAAAAUUUCACACAAAAAAUAUUUUAAUGGCAAAUUCAAGAUGUUUUAUUGCUUACAAAUUAGCAUCUUUGACUCUUUGAACAUCAAUCUGUGUUUACAUUGAAAUGACAAAAAGAAGAAAUAUAGCAUGCAAGUCAGAAUUCAGAGUUAAAACCAUGAUGUUGCCACUCAGCCAGCUGUGUGACUGUUGACCCUUCCAAGACCACACAUAGAUUGUUGGGGCUUUGGGGGAUAUGGUAAAGCAUGAAAACUGAACAGCCAGGAGCCUGUGAAAUCUGCUACUGUAUUUUCCAGGACUUCAUUCCACUCCUUGGCUAAAAAAUAAUCUUGUAAGUUUCACAGAUUAUGAUGUGGACCUGUCACCUGUAAAGUGUCUCAAUCUUCUCAGACAAGACACUAAACUGUCUUUGGAUAUUAUACAUGCCAGUGCUUAUAGCAGCUGGAAUUUGGCUAGUGACAAUGUUUAAAGAUGUAAUACUAGUUAGUAUCUAUUGAAGCUUAAACUUUGCUGGUCAAGUUGUAGCUAUUGUAAUAGUAUUUAUUGAAGAAGCUCACAGUCCUUCAGUUGUACAGAUUGAAAAACUUUCAUGAAAGAUCCAAUAUACUAAUGUAAAUUAUAUUUAUUGCAAUGUAUAAUAUUAAUGUGUCAAACUGGUGUAUUUUACAAAAUAUAUGAUGCAUACAUAAAUAAGAGUUGUAUAUUCCAGUGCUUUUCAAAUAGCAGUAUCUUGGAAUAUUUAAGUCUUCACAUUUUUUAGUCUAAAAUAUGAAAAUGUUUCAUGAUACAAGUGAUUAAUUUUCCCUAGAAGUUCUUUUGCAUGUUUGCCUUUUUAUUUUUUUCUGUAUAGACACAAUUUGGUAUCAGACUAUCAUAAGAUCAAUAGUGAAUAUAAAAUAUCUUAGCCAAAUGGGGUCUGUAUUGUCCACAUUGUAUAUAUUAAAUAAAAGUUUUUGUUGUCUUUUCAGGAGGUUUAGAGUAUUGUCACUAAAUACGGUCAAAGCUUCCCUUUCCAAAUGCAAAAGUAUUGUCUUAUAUUUAAAGUUGAUCUGUCAUGUUUUAGCAGUCAAGUGGGAUGGGCAUUAUAUAGACAACAUUACAGUGUAAGGAAAAUCUUUAUGAAGAUGGGGAGAG